CGCGCCCGUGAGUUACUCGUCUCCCCUUCCCUUCCGCGUCCGAAUUCUGUACGGCAUUCUUGCGGCGACCAAUCCGGUUGCUCCGCGCUGAACCGACCGGAGGAAGCGUUUCGCUCGGGAGCAACGGCGACGGCAGGACCCGGGAUAUGACGACCAAGGCAGGAGGCGCGGAGCUGUGCGGAGACGGCGGCGCGUACGAGGCGAGGAGGCGGCAGUCGCUGAGGGCGCGGUACGCGUACGGGUUCAUCUUCUUCGCCACCAACCUGCUGGCCUGGUUCGUCAGGGACUACGGGGCCAGGGCGCUCCGCGGCCUGCACCAUGUGCCGGUUUGCGGGGCAGGCGACUCUAAGUGCUUCCAGUCUGGAGGGGUGCUUCGGGUGAGCUUGGGCUGCUUCAUAUUUUUCUGUGUGAUGUUUGCCACAACAUUUGGGAGCCGCAAGCUCCACGAAGUUCGUAAUUCAUGGCAUUCUGGAUGUUGGAUUCUGAAGUCUCUUGUGUAUGUCGUGUCGAUUGGCAUCCCAUUUAUCAUCCCGAACACCUUCGUCCAACUUUAUGGUGAAAUCGCCCGACUGGGUGCCGGGUCAGUAAUUAACAUGUUACUUCUGCUUCAUCAUCCCUCCAGGAUAUUUCUCCUUCUCCAGCUCAUAAGCAUGCUCCACUUCAUAUCAUGGUGCAAUAAACGUUGGAUGCCAGAUCCUGGAUCAAAUCAAUGUGGCUUGUUUGGGUUAUUCUUGUCAACCAUCUCCUUCAUUGCUUCAUUUUCUGGAAUUGCUGUACUGUAUGUUUUGUAUGUUCCAAGCUCAUCUUGCGCGUUCAACAUCUUUACGAUUACAUGGACAGCAAUCUUGGUGAAGAUAAUGAUGGCAAUGUCACUGCAUUCAAAGGUUAACGAGGGUCUUCUAUCUUCUGGGAUCAUGGGCUCAUAUCUCGUCUUUCUUUGUUGGUCUGCACUCCACAGUGAACCGCAAACCGGGAAAUGCCACUCUCAAAUGAAAAUUGCCAAAGAUGGUGAUUGGGCUACUAUUGUGAGCUUCAUUAUUGCAAUUUGUUCCAUUGUGCUGGCCACAUUUUCUACUGGAAUUGACACCAAAUCCUUCCAGUUUCGGAAUGAUGAAGUCCAAUUGGAAGAGGACACCCCCUACAGCUACGAGAUAUUCCACUUUGUGUUUGCAAUGGGAGCUAUGUAUUUUGCAAUGUUGUUCAUUAGCUGGGAGCUGAACCAUCCAACAAGAAAGUGGAGCAUAGAUGUUGGAUGGGCCAGUACAUGGGUGAAGAUCAUCAACGAGUGGUUCGCGGCUAGCAUAUACAUUUGGAGAUUGAUAUCUCCGGUCGUGUUGAGGAAGCAACCUGCCAAUGAUGCGGAGCUCGUGCCACGUAGGUCCACAGUAUAGUCCUGAUGGUAGAGAACGCUUCACGUCCACAUUUUUCUAACUCGACGAUUCAUUCGUGC